CUUUACAGAGCAAGUAGCUGGACUUGUGUCUUUGUUUUUCUGUUUCUGUUUGCAUUUGUGUGCCUGCAAAUCGAUCAAAUAUUUAAUUCCAAAAAAUACGUGUUUCAGGAAUAAAAUUAUGAACUUUUGUGAUCGUAUAUUCUUAUUUGAAGUUUAAGCUUUCUCCUUGUAUCAAUUCUAUUAAGAUUCCUCCUAAAUUAAGCAAGUGUCAAAUUAUAAGACAUCAUAACCUCCAAUGUUUGUUUGACUUAAUAUGUCAAAUCUUAUGGAAUGUCUGAAGUAAAAUUUUAAAUAAAAAACUGAUUUUAUCGAAGAAGAAUAAAUUUUGUGAAUAUAAUAAAAUCAUGAACACGAAAAAGGUUAUAACAUUUGGAAAGAUCAGUAAAGAUUUAUCUCAGGAACAAGCGAAAAAUACAGAAUCUGUAAGUUCUGGAUUUGGUACGUUUGGUAAAAAAUCAUUAGAAACUAAUAUAACAAAAAUGAAUGAAAUCAAACCAGAAGAUGAAGAAGAAUCCCAAAAUUUGAAAGAGGUUAUGGGCAUAACUGGUUUUGGUAAAAAGGCCAAGUCCUUUGAUGUACAAGAAAUGUUGGAGCAUAUUACAAAAACUAUUAAUACUAACAAAGCAAUGUCUGAGAAAACAAAAGCUAUAGAUAAAGAGACUAAAACACAAUUAUUAGAGGAAGCUAAAAGUAGCGACGCUGCUGAUAAUGAAAAUGCUAAUGAUAGCAAGGAUGAAGAGGAUGAUUUUAUUGGCCCUCCAAUACCUCAGGGGCUUGAGAAUUCAACAUUGUCAGAACAAUCUACAAAAGUAAAAGAUAAAGAUGAUGAUGAUGACGAGAGCGACGAAGAUGACAAUGAAUCUGAUACUGAAGAGGAAUUAAAGUUGAAAGACAAAGUUCCAUGUAGUCAUGAAGUUACAAUGACUCACGGAACAAAAGCAGUAACAGCUAUUGCAGCUGAUCCUUCUGGAGCAAGAUUAGCUUCAGGUUCUAUCGAUUAUGAUGUUUGUUUCUGGGAUUUUGCUGGUAUGGAUUCAUCUAUGAGAAGUUUCAGAACGCUACAACCUUGUGAAAAUCAUCCGAUUAAAUGUCUACAAUAUUCAAUGACUGGUGAUGUUAUAUUAGUCAUAUCAGGUUCUGCACAAGCGAAAGUUUUGGACAGAGAUGGUUUUGAAAAGUGCGAAACUGUAAAAGGUGAUCAAUAUAUAUCAGACAUGGCACGUACAAAAGGUCAUACAGCAGGAUUAAACAGUGGUUGUUGGCAUCCAUUUACAAAGGAAGAAUACCUUACUUGUUCACAAGAUAGUACUUGUAGAAUAUGGAUUUUAUAUAGGCCACGUGCUCACAAACAUUUGAUAAAGUGUAGAGCACAAAAUGGAGUUAAAACAAUACCAACUACAUGUGGCUAUAGCAGAGAGGGUACUGUAGUUGCCUGUGGUUGUAUAGAUGGUUCUAUACAGAUGUGGGAUCAUAGAAAAAAUUUUGUGAAUCCAUCGCUGAUUCAGAGGAAUGCACAUGCACAGGGUAGUGAGAUAUCGAGUUUAAGUUUCUCCUAUCUUGGACAAAUGCUUGCAACCAGAAGUUGCGACGAUACGUUGAAGCUUUGGGAUUUGAGAGCAUUUAAAACACCUGUCUUUGAAGCAAACAAUUUAUAUUCCAGAUAUGAUACAACUGAUUGUAUGUUUAAUCCAGAUGAUUCAAUUCUCAUUACAGGAGAAUCAUUGAAUAGGAAUCAAAAUACUGGUAGAAUACUAUUUUAUGAUACAAAGACCUUUGAUCUAAUUAAUGAAAUAAACGUAACAAACUCGCAUGUUAUUAAAACAUUGUGGCAUCCAAAACUAAAUCAAAUAUUUGUUGGUUGUGGAAAUGGAAUAGUUAAAGUAUAUUAUGAUUCUAAGAAGAGCUUAAGAGGAGCUAAAUUGUGCGUUGUAAAAACGCAUUUGAAACAAAAACACAUUGAAGUAAUGUCAACCCAACAGAUUAUUACACCACAUGCACUUCCAUUGUUCAGGCAGGACAGGCCUAAAUCUGUUCGUAAACAAAUGGAAAAAGAUCGUUUGGAUCCUGUUAAAUCAAGAAGACCAGAUUUACCGAUUACUUCUGGGCAGGGUGGCAGAGUUGCAUCUUCUGGUGGAACGCUUAGCUCUUAUGUAAUUCGAAAUUUGGGACUUAGUAAGAGAAUAGAAGAUGACCAAGAUCCUCGAGAGGCUAUUUUGAAAUAUGCAAAAGUAGCAGAAGAGAAUCCAUACUGGAUUGCCCCAGCGUAUAAGAAAACUCAACCACAAACAAUAUUCCAGUCGGAUGAGCAAGAUGGAGCAUCAAGUGCGAAAAAGCAGAAGACUUGAAGACUGUACAUUGCUUCUCAGACAUGUUUAUAUUAUUGUAUAUAAUAUUCGAUGAAAACCAUCUAUGUAAACUAUUAAUAAGUAGAAUACAUUAUGUCUAAGACCAAUCUUUAGCUUAAUUAAUUGAUUUGCUGCACUUAAUUGUAUGUUUGUAUUUAUGCAGUAUAUACUGAAAUGUUUCGAAAAGUUUCUGCUUCCUUCAUAUUUAAUCUACAUAAACUAUUUAUUAUUGAGCAAUUAUAUUUCUUAAUAGUAAUUUGAAUGAUAUUUAUCAUCGUAGUGUUUGUAUAUUUUUUUCGAAACUUUAUUUAGUAAUCUUACUCCUCAAGAUACGAUAUCAUACAUGCUUAAUACAACGUACAUACGAUUUAAUAAUACUUUACAACAAUACUUCGUGAAAAUUCAAAUGAAACUGUUUUCCGUUUUACAACGCUAUUCUUAAUUCUCUUCAAUUUUCAUUUAUUUGAACGUCUUCAUUCAACGUUCGAUGAAAAAUUUAGUCUCAUAUUGCCAAGUUAGGAACUACCAAUUAUUUAUAUUAUUAAAUAUACUUUUUGAUCGUAUACGAAUUACGAUCAAAUAAUCGAUUUUUAAAGUGUGAACCCAAAAACCGACACUAAAACAAGCGAAUAUUUACAAUGUUUAAUUAAUUAACUAUUCUUGGUUACUUUAUAAUCUACAAAAAAUAAACAAACUUUACAAUUAUUACAAGAAAAGAAACAAUAUAGUCCUACAUAGUUUCGAUGUGAAUUUAGUGUCUGAAAGAAUACAAUUCAACGAUGUCAAAUCAAUGGGGAAACUUUUAAAUUACAUGAACUUGCUCGAAUAUUGUGCCAGGUGUAUCGGACCCGUGAAUUUAGUGUCCAAUUCAAUCACUGGAUUUAUUCAUGCGCAAGGAAUUUUGUCGAAGGAAUUUAUCAUCAUGUCAAUUUGUAUAAUCUCAGAAGUAAUUUUUUUAAGCUCUUAAAUGUAACACUUAGUCGGUAUGACGAUGGCAGAAACCAUAUUUAAAUUUUCUCCUACACGCUUUUUAAUUUUCUCGUUGCAGUAUUUUUAUAGCUAUUAAUUUUUAAUCACUGUUUUUGAUAUUCUUAUAAUAUAAGCUUUGAGUCCUUUGUACGAUUGAACUAAUGUUAUUAGUGAAGUUUCACAACUCACAAAUUGCAAGCCAUUAAUAUUAAUAAAUUUUCAUGCAUAGUUGCAACAAAUUUAACAAUAAAAGGGAUCAAAUUCUGCAAACAAAUUUUGCAAAUUACCAUUUGAUUAUUUUAGAAUUUACUCUACAAAUAUUUAUUUCACUAUUGCGGAAUAUUAUUCGAUUAUUCCACAAUAAGUAACAUAAACUUGUAGAAAUUAUAAAUAGUUGUAAUUUAUACCUGUUAAUUCAGUAUAAACUCAAUUUUAACCACCUCAUAUUAUCCUAACAGAAAUAAGGGGAUCGAUCAGUUCGUAGCGUCGAUUAUCUAAUCGUAACGGGAAUUUAGGACUCCCGCUGUUAUGCUUCCUUGCUGAAUUAAUAAUAGUUAUUUUAUUUACUGUUAUUCCAUUCUUACUCAUUUUCUUAUUUCCUUUCAUCUUAUUUUAAUCAACAAAUUAUCGUUAUUAUUGUUUAAUCAACAAAUAUCUUCAAGUUUCAAGACAUCUGAAACUUUUUUUAAAUCUAAUUUUAAAUCUAUCAUUCAUGUAAAUUUUUUUUCAUUGCAGUUUUCCUAUUACAACCAACAAUUAUAUAACAAGAGAAAGAAGAGAGAAUAUUUCGUAUUCGUUUACGCAUACGCAUUCGUUCAUCCAAAUGUUUAACUGCCACGCGUGUUUUCAAAGAGAUCUCUGUCAGGCCACGCGUACAGCAGUACCAAGCGUUCUCUGCUAAGUGCUCCCAUCGAUAUUUUAAUAACGCGAAUCGCUCAAGUGAUGGUCUCAAGAAUAAUCUUUCGUUUCAUUUGUUCGCAAUGCUAAAAACCAUUAGCUGUUGUUGAAUAUAUUGAAGGAAAGUAUGGUAUAGAUUAUUCCGACCAAAUGGUUUCUUAUGCUAUCACAAUUAGAAAAGGAACCAAAUUCUUCUUUUCUUUUAUUUAAUAUUUCACAUUUAUAAUUUGUCCAAUUAGGACAUUUGGUGGUAUUUUUUGGCUGUUUGAUUAUCAUGUGAGUGGCUACCCCCAGCGGGGUACCAUCUUCGUGUUUGUAAGGUUAUAUCCUGUAUGAAGAAUCAAAUGGUACAGAAAACUUGGCAUUCAAUUCUUUCUGGGAAUUUCUGUUGUAAAUGCUUUGACGAUUUACAAAAUUGCAACAAGAAAAAAUAUAAAUAUUAAAAUAUUUAGACAAUUAUUACAAAAUUAUUAGGAUUGUCUGAAAAUACAAAAAAUCCUUCGAAAAAAAUCCGUCUUCGACGGAAUCAGCAGAACAUCGCCGUUUGGAAAAAUGAUUCCGGAAGAAGCAUUAGAUGCGCAAAUAAAAGAUGUCAAAUGGGCCGAACAAAGGCACAAAACAAUUUGACGAAAACAACAA